UAUGAUCACUUUUCACAUGACCGAUGGUCACUCGUCAUCGCCCAUUUUUCGUCUGUUUAUGACAAUUUUGGGCUAAAAUAUUACUUUUAGUCCGUAUAUCAAGUUAUUUAAUCAUUAAAAAUGGCGUUUAGCCGUUUUGUGUUAUCGUUUGCAUUAUUAUGUGUUGCGUCUAGUUUGGCCUCGGUGAGUGUACCUGUUUUGCUAUGGGGUGAUUUAGCUGGUCCUUCAAUGAAAUCUAACCCUCUUGGAGAGGUAACUCAAUCAGAAUUCGAGGACAUACUGAAUAAUGAGCUUAAGGAUGACCAAUUCACCGUCGUGUUCAUCGAUGAAUCGCUAUCCGUUGAGGACUUUUCACGUAAGAACUCCGAAGGAAAAACCUCAUUUCCAUAUCUGAAAUCAAAUAUUGCUGAGGCCUUAUACUUACCAGCUGUAGAUAAUGUGUUGGAAGUAUUCCACAAAUACUCUGAUUCAAACGCUGAUCAUGUGACCUUGACAGAAAAUGGCCUAUCUGCCGAGAUUGAGAAGGAAAACGUGAAAUAUCUAUUUAUCAACUUAAGGGAUGCUCGCGAGGGUGAGUCUAGAGCUGAUAUGCUUUUGCGUCACAACGAUUUUAUGGAGGCCAUGGUUAGUAAGCUGCAAGAGCAAUAUGACAAAGUAGCUGCUAUUUACACUGGAGAGUUCCCCUCAUGGACCAUUCCAGAAAGCCAUUUACGUACUCGCCGUGCAACACCAGGUGUGUUCUACAGCACAGCUUUGAACGGCCUUAGAUUCUAUGCUAAGGAUAUAAUCAUCACUAGCAAGGCAGGAGAAUUCAAUCUUACUGGUCUUUCUGGAGGUACUACAAACUUUAAUGAAUCUGUCAUGCAGGCUACUCUGAACUUUAGCAAUGGAUCCCUUAUUUUGAACUUUGAGUCAAAAUUAGGAUACUGGUUCUUGGAUUCCAUUACAUACAAUGGUGAGGAAUUGACAACAAAUUCUGAGGUGUAUGCCAUCCUUGGGUUCUCAUACCGUUGUGGCCAGACUGCCAUCUUCUCAAAAGUUAACGACACUGAACAGACAACUGUUAUGUUCCGAGAUUUGAAGGUUCAACCAUUCUUCAAGGAAACCAACUCCAGUGACACACCACAAUUCGGUGACUCCUUCAACUGUGUAGGAUUCUUCUCAGUACCGAUAUGGUCUGGUCUCUUUGUCACCUUUGUGAUGCUGGCCAUUACCUUUUAUGGUAUUAUGAUGAUGCUGGACAUCAGAACGAUGGACCGUUUUGAUGAUCCCAAAGGUAAAACCAUCACCAUCAACGCAGUUGAGUAAUUUAAUAAAGUUUCUACGCCAUUACAUAAGGAGAACCGUUUAAAAAAUAUAUUUUUAUGCAUUUAAUAAUAUUGGAACAUAAAAACUACUAAAAUUUAAAAAAGUUUAAAGUGUUUGAUAAUGAUUUUUUAACCUCUAAUAUAAUUUUUUAAAUGUAAUGGCGUUAAAGUAACACAAAGUUAGCUCAAAUGUAAUAGUGUAGGUACAGCAUUUUGUGGAAUUACCCAAAACAGUUGAAGCUUGAAUACUUAAAGAAAUUGACGUUUGACAUUUCACUGUUUUGGUGUCUGGUGUUGCCAGAUGAUAGUUACUAUUAAAACCAGGACGUGCCUAACUUCAAUAUGUAUUCUAUAUAUUUGUGAUAGUAUGUAGAUAAAUGCUAAAUGAAUUGAUAUACGCACUUAGAAGUAUUAGAAUGCUUAAUGGCCUUUCCCGAUUCGACAACGAUUCCGAGCUUCGUGCAUAGAUUAAAAUGAGAUUUUUUUAAAUUGUCGAUGAAAUGUGUUCCCUCCAUGCUAGUGCCAAUUUUCAUUCCAAUUCGUCUAAAAUGUAAGAUUUAAGAAUUGUUAUUAAGUGACCUUCACAAUAAUAUUACCAAUAUUUCUAAUAAAAAUAUUUAUUGAUUGUUAAUUUAUUGUCUGAGAGGCGCCAUUUAACAUCUGGUGAUUCAAAAUGGCUGCCGUCAACAUCUGUGUGAAUUAGAUGUAAGCGAAAUGUCUACAUAAAUCAUUUUUUUCUUGUAAAUAUAAUUUUCAAUUUUUGUUGUUUUGAUCAAGUAUUAAAUCGUGAGACCAA